CAAGCUCGUCUCUAUCUUCCGAUUUUUCGGAAGACUGACAGGUAGACAAUCUAUAAAGCUCAACAAACUCAACAAAUUUUUAUAGUUUCUCUUCUGUGUUCUUCAUCCAGAGAGCGAGAGACACCAAUAUUCUAGCUUAAAUUUUUUUCUGAUAAACUUUGAGAAGCCAACGAAUUGUACUGGCAGGGUAAACGGGAAGUGAAUUCGAUUUUCCAAGGCCACUGCAUUACGUGAAUCUGCUUUUACUGGAAGAACAAUAGAAGAAAAAAGAAAAAGUAGCUUGAAAAUAUACCAUACAUGAUGGAGAAUGUUCAAGUGGGAUCUCCCCAAGUUGCCAAUGGAGUUGUUCCAGUACCGCCUCCAUUACCUGGUCCAACAACCAGUUAUAAUCAAAAGGGGUUAUUGAUGAAUGGAUCUCCAUUAAGAGGGUACAGUUGUGUCUCCACAGCAACAAAAGAUUUAUGGGAGAAUCUCUUUGACUCAGGCUACAAAGCAGAUGUUAUUAUUAACACAGAUUAUGAUGGCAUCAUCUAUGCCCAUGCUAAUAUUCUUGGCAUUGCUUCUCCUACUAUGAGAGGGAUCUUGAAGCAAUCAAAAUGUCGCGGACGUCGGCGAUCUCUCUCAAUUCGUGGUGUUCCACCAAAUGCGGUUAAAGUUUUUAUAAGAUUCUUGUACUCUUCCUGUUUUGAGAAAGUAGACAUGGAGGAUUAUGUCUUACAUCUGUUGGUUCUGUCUCAUGUGUUUGCGGUUCCUCGGUUAAAGCGGGAGUGUGAAUGUCAACUAGAGCAAGGUUUGCUCACCAUAGAGAAUGUAGUUGACAUAUUUCAGCUGGCAUUACUAUGUGAUGCCCCAAGACUUGGCCUCAUUUGUCACCGUAUGAUCCUCAGAAAUUUUAAGGCUGUUUCUGAGACUGAAGGAUGGAAAAUCAUGAAGCAAAGCCACCCUAUGCUUGAAAAAGAGCUUCUGGAGUCCAUGAUUGAUGAAGAAAAUAGGCAAAAGGAAAGGGUCAGAAAAUUGAAAGACAGGAAGAUCUAUUUGCAACUGUAUGAGGCAAUGGAGGCUCUUGUUCAUAUAUGUAGAGAUGGUUGUCGGACAAUUGGUCCAUAUGAUAAAGAUUUCAACGAGGAUCAGGCACCUUGUAAUUAUGCAGCCUGCAAGGGACUGGAGUUACUCGUUCGACAUUUCGCCGGUUGCAAGUUAAGAGUCCCUGGAAAAUGCAUCCAUUGCAAAAGAAUGUGGCAGCUCUUGGAAUUACACUCUCGUCUCUGUGCUGAUUCAAGUGCGUGCGGGGUUCCUUUAUGCAGCAAUUUCAAGGAUAGGAUGAAGAAACAAGGCAAGAAGGAUGAGAUCAAGUGGAAAAUACUUGUGGAAAAGUUAUUGAGGACAAAGACCAUUGGAGGAGCUCCUUCUUUUUCAAGGGCACUUUCUAGCCAUUUAAGAUAGUGCUAUUCUGCUGUAAUUAGCGCAAAUAUUGUAAAUUUAUUGCAUUUGCCUGUUUGUAGAAGUAUUUGUUCCAAAAGCACUAAACUUAGUCAAAAUUUAUUAAUUUAUAUCAA